CUGACAGUAAGCACCACGCAAUGAGCAAAUUAUUAAGCUUGUCCUCCAUCUUUCCUUCCGUAUCAGUAAUGCGUCUCUAUUGCAAUCUGUCAGGUUCGCUUUUUCGCCCGUAUCCCUGAGUGAAGUUACCUCGUUGUCUGUAGGGAGUUGUUCCAAGUUCCGCUCCUCCCAUUUUGGCUCAUUGCUAUCCCAGUCGCGAAGCUUAUUUAAAGUGCUGCCCCUCCCGACUCCAAGUCCGCGCUCCCCCCAUUCCCGCGAUCCACGAACACCUCACUUACUACUAUUGUUGCACGUUUCCACACAACUGCCCCGCACCGCAUCGCAUACCAUUGUCGCAACUUGCACUUCGAUAAACUGUCAUCUGAACACUGAUAUUACCAACCCAACAAACCCGUCAAAAAUGUCCGGCUCCUACACCUACAAGUUCGAUGUCACCAUGACCUGCGGGGGCUGCUCCGGCGCCGUUGACCGCGUCCUCAAGAGACUUAAAGAGAACGAAUCAAACAUCGUAUCCUACACCGUCCUCCUCGAUGAAAAGAGCGCCAACGUCACCGUCGAUGACGAGUCCCCUGCCCUUUACGAAAAGAUCCUCCGAACAAUCAAGAAGACUGGCAAGGGUGUCAACUCCUGCGUGGAAUUGGACAGCAAUGGGAACAAGAUUCGUGACGUGGAUGUUGUGCUUAAGGACGAGUAAGGGCAUGCAGGCAAGGACGAUAUACACACAUCAUAUGGGGAAGACAUUGGGGGCAACACCACGCCCAAUAUGGUGAUCGGAAGAACAUAGAAUAUGAAUUAGAACAAGGGAAAGCAGGCGGUGGAGGAAUUGUAUAAGGCAUACGAAUGAAUUCGGGCGGCUGAAUUGCGCAUGGCUUGGUUUAGAAUAUACCUUUUUGAUUUACAAUAAAGCUGUUUGUUUUAACGGAUAACUACUGAGAUUUGUCCAUCUCG